GAAGGUUGAGAACCACUGCCCUAGGGUCUCCGGACCGGAAGCCACCGUGAACCAGGCCAAACGAGGCUGGAGACCGUGGAGUCGCCCCGCAAUUGUACUUGCCAGCUCCCGCCAGGAAGUGAGGCCGCCUCACUGGGACUACAAUUCCCAGAGACCCCGCGAUCUCGCCCGUUCUGAUUGGCUCACUGCGCCUUCUAUCAGCCAACCAGCCAGGAAGGUGGCCAAUUACGAGGGCGAGAAGGCGGACGCUCCUCCCUCCGAUCCAAGGUCUGCAGUCGAAGCGUGGUGGGUCCCUUAAAAAGUUAAGUUCUUCCGACCUUCACGACCGAUUCAGUGAUUGUAGAAGCGAUAGGCCGGCCCUCGUUGCAAAAUAAUGGCCUGGGACAGGCGUCCCUUAAGUCCAGAAGACUCUGGUCUCCGCUACUGCUGCCUGAAGCGAUCGUCCGCGGGACUCAAGUGGUCCGGCGGAACCCCGCCCCCAUUUCUCAUUGGCUCCCGCGGGACACGUGGAGGUAGAGGGCGUGGACGCGGCGGCGUGGGCGGGGCGCCCGGCCUCUGGUGGAGAUGAUAGAUUGUCCCGGGUACUCGGGCCUGUGGGUCGCAUGGACACCCUGGCGCUGGGCCGGUGGCGUCGGCGGAGGCCGGAGGAGUUGCAGGUUCCGGCAGACGCGACCGUGGGCCCGCUGCCUGCACACCCAGCGUCGGACGUUUUCCUGUCUGCUUCUCCUGGACCUACAGGCUCCAAGAGACAGAUCUAUCCGGAGAAGCGGGUGUGCAGGAGCCUCGAAGCAGCUGCGCAGGAGCGGGGCUGUCCCCAGGUGAAGGCCGGCGCCCUGGUGUCCUGGGGCAGCCGGUUUUUUUGGAGGGGCAGCCGGGAGGCCGCCUCCCUGCGCCAAGGCCAGCCAGCGGCCAGGGGCCACCAAGUGCGGGGGUCCCUCCGACCGGUGGAAGGAGCUCCGCCCAGCCCUGCCCGAGAUGUAUUGCAGGGGAGUCUGGCCACUUUACCCAUUCCGAGAAUCAGUAGAAGAUGGGAGACGGAAAAGGAACAUUCCGAUUUUGGUUUGGAACCUCCGUGUGAUGGUGCACGUAACCCUCUUACGGAGGGUGUGGUGCACACCUGUGCUCUCGUCCAGGUAUCCCACCGCCCUCCGCGACCCAGCCAGGCGGACCCUGUCACUUCCAGAGAGACUGCAGAUCGCUGGCACCUCCUGAGCCGUCUCCCCGUGCGUCCUGGUGGGAAGGAGGGCGAUUGUGUCAUUGGGACGUUUGAAAACUUCAGUUAUCAAAUUUCCUAUGAGGCUGGAGAGCCCUGUGGCUUCUGGAACCGUAUCCAGAUGCGGCCCCCCUUUUGUACUUCUCAGUGGCUUUGUGGGUGUGUCCAGGGCUGCUCAUGCAUUCUUUUUAAUGAAAAGACUUAUUUUUAUACUUAAAUGCCUUAUAAUCUUAAACUGAAUUUUACCAAAUGCUGAUGUCCAAGCCGUUCUGUGUGAUUCUGCCCCUGAAGUUCAUCAGGCACAGGGCCCCUUUGACAUUAAAUGGCAAUUUCUCAUUUUC